AUGGUCAAGUACCUUUGGGUAUCAACUACCACGAAGCGAAGUGCGGACGAGAAGCAGGAGCUGAUCAGUUGGCUCGCGACCCAAUCGAGCUGUGGCCUUGGCGAACAAAUCAAGGGCGAAUUUUACGUCCGGGCUUCGGCAUCCUGUGUCGGCAAGGACUAUAGGUUCAUCGCUCAGAUUUUCCCCCUGGUCGCCUACUUUUUUCAGCAACGCAUGUGGCUCUCCCAAUCCGAAGCAGAGUGCUGGAUGGCCCUCGGCAAACUCACGCGACAUGCGAUGCGUACUGACACCGACGACCUCGCAGCCUAUGCCGACACGUACAAGGUUCUCGCCACUCGAUUCGUACUACUGUCCUUGCAGCGAAUCGCCUCCCACGUGGUCAGCAAGGUCAAAUGUCACUACCUGCUGCACGUCGAGGAGGCGAUUCGGCGGUUCGGUCUGCCGAGGAUGUUCGACUCGUCCGUCGCUGAGUCAGCGAACAAGACCGUUCGCGACUACUGCAUGCAUUCGAACCGCCACUCCCCCACUCGUGACAUUGCCUGUCAAGACAGCCAGGCACACCGUCUGGUCUUCAUCGCUGCGGGAGGCCGAUGGGAAGCCGCUGACGGACCCAAGGCCACCGCCGGCCCCUCUGUUUCGCAAUUCUUUCGCGUCGCAGGAAGGGAGCGACUUUCGACGCGAACUACGGCUGGACGAUUUGAAAGAUUCGAAGGUCGACAACCGACACGUGCAUAGUGGGAUGGCUCUGGGCAACGCGAAGACUGCUUUGACGACCAAGGAGAAGAUCGACGCCACCCGAGCGUGUGCCGCACUUCAUCCUUCAUCAUAGUAUUUUCGAUGCACUCGGAACCACGCCAAGCUUGCGUCCAGGUCGCUUCGUCACGCUGCGCAAUGGGGAUUAUGGUUGGUCCCGAGAUUGGUGCUUCGUUCAAGCUGGUCCACAAGAUCAAAGGGUACGUCCCCGCUAUGCAUUGGGUCGUGGUGCGUCCGUGUCACUCGCUGACGAGAGAAGUGAUGCCCGUCGGUCAGCCCCGGCUGGCGCAGAUCCUUGAACUCUGGACCGUGGACGGCCGACCGCGCGAAGUGAUCCCACCCUUCGGGCUCAGCUUUGUGGUGCUCGCCUUCGCGGCCGGCGGGAGAGGAACUGGGCGACACCGGGUUUUUGAAGAUGCAGCGCACGGAGGAGAUUGA